GGGGAUUGGACAAUUUGCCCCACUUUACUUGGGCAUUAGAUGAUUUGCCCCAGUUUACAUGGGAUUAGAUCAUUUGCCCCACUUUUCAUUUUUCUUUUGAUGAUUUGCCCUUUUCAAUUACUGAAAUCAUUUUCGAAUUUCUAUCCCUUUUUCCCCCAUGCGAAAAGACAUCGUUGCCCCUGUGGCUAAUUUACAAUUUGGUACUGUACAGAUCUUUUCUCUUUACAAGGCCACGUCCAACCGAAGCAACUAAUUAACAGGGAACAAAUCGUAUCUACUUUCUUUACAUGGCUCUACCCAACGGAACCAGCUACUCACAAAUCAUAGAUUGAUUCUGUUGCUUGUGACGUCAGGUUCAUGGCUAGUGGAGAGGCGGAUCCACCGCCGGCCACGAAGCCAUCAACUCCAAUGACCCCCGGACAGCGAAGCUUCACACAGAUGGCCGCUGAGACGAUUCCACCUACUGCCGAACAGGGAGGCGACUCUUGCAUCCAUGGAUCACCACGAUCUACUCCAGAUUGGAAGUGUUGAUUGGUCCCAGAUUGAGAUAGCACCAAUGAAUGAUGACGAAAUUGAUGUUCCUAUAACAGAAGAGAACAUGUGCUCGGUGCUUGGCAUCAAUGACGAACCUGAGCAUCGGAAAAUUGUAUCUGAAGCAGCCAUGAAAGCCUCCAUUGCAGAUGUUGAUGCAUGUGUGGCUGAUAUUGAUGAGGAUUUACUUGCUGAUGCGGCUCUUCCUGUGCCUGACCAUAUGCCUGAAGAGGAUCACUUUUGGUAUGAUAAGAAACAUCCUGUGAUAGAGGAAGGAUCUUUGUUUCGUUCAAUGAACGAGUUUAGGAUGCUCAUCAGAACAUUUGCUAUUAGAGGCAAGUUUGACAUCAAGAUCAAGGAUAGUGACACUACUAGAUUUUUGGGUCACUGUAAAGGAAAUGCAUGUCCUUGGAGAAUAACUGCUAGGACAAUAGAAGAUGGAAAAACAGUCAGGGUUAACAAGAUAGUAAAGCCUCAUAAGUGUUCAUCAACCGCUGCAGUGACAACAAGCAUGGCAGACCAAGCAUGGGUGGCAGAAAAGGCAAUGGGGUAUAUUCAAACUGAACCAAACAUUGGUGCCAGCGAGCUCCGAAAAAAGCUACAAGCCGAGUACAAAUGUACUAUUGGGUAUCAUACUGUUAACAAGGGAAAAGAAAGGGCCAAGAAUAGUUUAUAUGGGACCUGGGGAAAAAGCUUUCAGUCGUUAUUGAACUUCAAAGCUGAGAUUGAUAAAAGAUCUCCCGGUAGCAUUGUCGAGGUUGAUGUCAAGAGGGAAAGAGGUGAAGUGCAUUUUCGCAGAUUUUUUAUGGCACUUAAGCCGUGCAUUGAUGGCUUCUUGGCUGGUUGUAGACCAUAUGUCAGUGUAGACUCCACAUUUUUGACUGGAAAGUGGAAUGGUCAAUUAGCAGCAUGUACAACACUAGAUGGACAAAAUUGGAUGUUUCCUUUAGCAUUUGGUUUCUUUGCUACGGAGACCGAGGAUAACUGGAUUUGGUUUAUGCAACAACUGCAUAGGGCAAUAGGACAUCUUCAAACUCUAGCUAUUUGUACUGAUGCAUGCAAAGGGUUAGAGAAUGCAGUUAAAAUUGUGUUUCCUCAAGCUGAGCAAAGGGAGUGCUUUAGGCAUCUAAUGGCAAACUUCAAAAAAAAGUUUCAUGGAGAUGUUUUUGGUCGCAUGUGGCCAGUAGCCAAGGCUUAUCGUCUGGAAACAUUUAACUAUCAUAUGGCCAAGAUAUUUGAAGCUGAACCUGCAGUGAGUGUCUACUUGUGUACCUAUCAUAACUUAAAGUGGAUGAGAUGCGACUUCAACACAGAAAUAAAAUGUGAUUACAUUCACAAUAAUCUAGCCGAGUGCUUCAAUAGCUGGAUCAAAGGAACAAAAGAGCUGCCCAUGGAUGAGCUAGCCGAUGCAAUAAGAGAGAAAAUUAUGAUACUUGUUUAUAGAAGGAGAAGGAUUGGGGAAAUGCUUCAGGGAGAGAUAUUGCCUGCCAUCAUUCAACAAAUAAAUAAUAGAACUAGGCAACUUGACCAUUUGGUUGUUGGAAGAUCAACGGGAGAAAGUUGUGAGGUGAAGGACACUAGCAAAAAUAAUCUUAGGCAUGUUGUGAAGAUAGGCAGCCGUGAGUGCACUUGCCUAGAAUGGCAACACACUGGAAAGCCCUGUGAGCAUGCACUUGCAUUCCUUAUAGAGACGGCAGAUGUAAAUUUUCAUCCAUAUGUACAUGAGUACUACUCCGUGAGUAGGUUCCGGGCUGCCUAUGCUGGAGAGAUUGAACCAAUCACAGACAAGUCUCAAUGGCCUCAUGUUAAUAUAGAUUUUGAAAUGGUGCCACCGGUUUUAAAGAGCUCUGUUGGGAGACGGAGGAAGCAGAGAAUCAAAAGUUGCCUUGAAGAAGGUGGUGGUGGUGGCAGCAAACGGAAGAAAAAAGAUGAUAAUGGCAAAACAAAUAGCCAAGAAGGAGGUGAGAAAGAGAAGGAAAAAGAAAAGAAGAGAUUUGGCAGUAAAAAUAGGUGCAAAGAAUGUGGGAUAUUGGGGCACAGGAAAGCAACUUGCAAACAAAAUGAAGCUAAAAAGAGUGACGUGUCUGCGCAUGAGCUCGCUCCAGUUGUUGUUGCGACACCUACACGCACAACAACAAUAACACUGCCUCCCAGCCUUCAUAACAGCCCUGGGCCUAUCACAAGGAGGAGGCUUGCUAUGGCCAUAGCUGGAGACGAUGCAUCACAGCCAUGUGGGACAACUAUUGAUUCUGUAGCAUCACCUACUUCUCACUUCCCUUCACGCUCUACAACAUGCAAGAAAAAGUUGACCCCAAAGAGGAAGAAGCUCUCUAAUCUUAGUGCAUUGAAUUGCUAUUUUAAAUUCUGA